AUGAAUGGUACUAAUGGCAUUCUGAAUUCUCUUCCAACUCUUGACGGCAAGAAUUGGAUCCGAUGGAAGAAACAGAUGCAAUCUUUAUUUGGCUUCGAUGAAACCCUAGAAGUGGUUACAUGCGGCAUACCUAUGUUGGGUGCAGAUGCAACCGAAGCACGGAAAACAUCUCACAACGAAGUCAAGAAGAAAGAUUGCAAGGCUGCGUAUUGCAUUCAAACGGCGGUAGAUUCAGCGAAUUUCGACAGGAUUUCUUAUGCUGAAUCGACGAAGGAGGCAUGGGAUAUUCUGGUGAAGUAUUAUGAAGGAGGUGAGAAAUUCAAGGUUGUCAAGUUACAGACCUUGUGUCGACAAUAUGAAUUAUUGUCGAUGGGAGAAGACGAAAAGGUUGCAGAGUAUGUGUCGAAGGUACAGAAACUCGUCCAUCUCAUGAAAGGUUGUGGUGAAACCCUAACCGAUAAGAUGAUAGUUGAGAAUGUAAUGCGUACGUUGAACUCUCACUUUGAUCACGUUAUCGUAGCUAUUCAAGAAUCCAACAAAGUAGAAGACCUAAAAUUGGAGGAUUUGGUUGGUUUGUUGGAGGCGCAUGAGAUUAGGAUUGUUGAAAGGAAAGGAGUUCAUGAUUCGAUACGGGCACUGCAAGCUCAGUCAUCGAAAAAGAAUGGUGGUUCCAACAAAUUCAAAGGAAAAUUCAAAAAGAAUCAGGGAAAGAAGCCUUGGUCGAACCCCCACAAGCAGAAGGAUGAAGAUAGGACUUCUGAAUCAUCGAAAGUGGGAGGAGGAAACUUUCGAAAGGACAAAGAAGAUAAAAAAGGUAAAGGUGUGCAGUGCUAUAACUGUGAAAAGUGA